AUGGUGCCCGACGAAGUAUAUCUACUUCCAUUGAAGGACGAUGGAAGCCCCGAUGUGUCCGACAAACACCAGUACAUCUACCUUACUCCAAAAACUUCCGCUCCAAUUAUCGUACGGUUCCAGAUCGAGGGCACAUCGUCAAUAUGUAGGCACGGCAGGUUGUGGGUGAACAUCCCAGAGGAGGGUGCAGAGUUUCGGAGAGACAAUUUCCGGGCGUUUAAGCUUGAGCCAGAUUUCAAUCGAACGAUUGAAAUUUCGAUUCCCAUUCACGGCGCCGGUGCAUUUGCGUUCUAUACGACCUAUCACUCCCUCCCCGACCUGUCCGAAACCACCAUUGCCCCGAGUACAACUUCGCGCACUCCCACAUAUUACAUCGAUAUUGCCCCUCGACUGACCUUGGGGGGAACGCAGAUGCCAUUGCCGGCGGUGUCAGUAUUCUCCCUAAUCUCAAAAUUUAUGGGGAAAUACCCCGCAGACUGGGAGAAACAUUUGCGAGGUAUCGAUGAGAGAGGGUAUAACAUGGUUCAUUUUACACCAUUGCAGCAACGCGGAGAGUCAAAUUCCCCCUACAGUAUAUACGAUCAACUAAAGUGGGACCCGGAAUGCUUCCCCAAUGGCGAGGCUGACAUUAAAAAGUUAAUUGAUAGCAUGGAAAACAAAUACAACUUAUUAGCGCUCACGGACGUUGUUUUUAACCAUACGGCAAAUAAUAGCAAAUGGCUACACGAACACCCAGAAGCUGGUUAUAAUGUUUCGACUGCACCGUGGUUACGGUCGGCAUUAGAGUUGGACACCGAACUGCUCGAAUUUAGCAAGAAUAUGGCCAAAUACGAUCUACCUACAACGUUGACAUCCGUAGAUGACCUCUUGAAAAUUAUGGACAGCAUCAAGGAGAAAGUGAUUGCAAAACUUCGACUCUGGGAAUUCUAUGUCGUUCAUGCCGAGCGUAACGCCGAUGCCGCCAUCGAGGCCUGGGCGACAGGCGAUAUAUCAUUUCCCAAGGAUGGUUUCGGGGACCCCAACAAUGGUGGGCUUGAAGCCAUAAAAAGCGCCGGUCCGGCGGAACAGGCUCAAUUGUUGAUUAAGCACGGAAUGCUCGACAAUGACCGCCUUGGGGAGCGUUUCCGUCGAAAGGUCAACCCUCCUGUAGCAGCAGCCUUGCUUACGGCUAUUUAUGGCCGCUUUGAAGGGGAUGACUCCGAUUCUGCCGACCGAGCAGCCGCACGCAACCAUUUCGUGAAGGUCCUGGACGAACUCAAUCUUCCCUUGUACAGAGAAUAUGACGUCGACGUUGCCGAGCUCCUUCAGCAGGUAUUCAAUCGGGUCAAGUAUGUCAGAUUAGACGAGCAUGGGCCAAAGCUUGGGCCUAUCGACAUGAAGAACCCUCUCAUCGAAUCCUAUUUCACCCGCCUCCCCAAAAACUCUAUUACUUCUAAACACAAGGAGGACGAUCUUGCCUUGGUGAACAACGGCUGGAUAUGGGCUGCUAAUGCUCUAGUUGACCACGCAGGUCCAAAGUCCCGGGCAUAUCUUCGUCGGGAGGUGAUUGUUUGGGGCGACUGUGUAAAACUUCGCUAUGGAAGUGGCCGAGAAGAUAGUCCUUUCUUGUGGGACUUUAUGGCGAGUUACGCUCGUCUGAUGGCUAAGUAUUUUACUGGCUUCCGGAUAGAUAAUUGCCAUUCAACCCCGAUACAUGUAGCCGAAUUUUUGCUAGACGAAGCUAGGAGGGUCCGACCAAAUCUUUUCAUUGUCGCUGAACUGUUCACCGGGUCGGAGGAGACAGAUUAUAUUUUUGUAAAGCGCCUUGGAUUAAGCUCGUUGAUCCGCGAAGCCAUGCAAGCAUGGGGAACAGGCGAACUCAGUCGGCUUGUGCAUCAACAUGGCGGUCGACCAAUAGGCAGUUUCGAGGCCGAUGAAGUCUCAGGGGCUGAUUCAGAAAGCCUGGCGGGUAGUCAGCCUGCCAAGCGGGAGAUUGUUCGUCAAAUGAAAUAUACACCUGUGCAUGCGCUCUUCAUGGACUGCACGCAUGAUAACGAGCCACCUGCACAGAAGCGAGAUGCGCGAGACACACUUCCAAACACUGCUCUUGUCAAUAUGUGUGCAUCCUCUACCGGGAGUGUAUUUGGUUAUGAUGAGAUCUACCCUGAACUCAUCGAUCUUGUUGGAGAAACAAGAUUAUAUUCUUCAAUCUCAUCCACUAAGCCUGUGGAGAUUGGUGGUGGUGAAGGUGGUAUUGGCGGGAUCAAGAAACUCCUGAACCAAAUCCACACUCUGAUGGGUAAAGAUGGGUAUGAUGAGACUCAUAUCCAUCAUGAGGAUCAAUAUAUCACUGUUCAUCGUGUCCAUCCAGAAUCCCGGAAAGGGUAUUUCCUUAUUGCACACACGGCAUUUCCUGGGUAUGGAGACGGAAAUGGCGAGCUCAGUCCAGUUCGUCUGACAGGUACCAAAGCUCGCCACGUGGGAAGUUGGAUGCUUGAGGUUGAUACUAGCGAGGAAGCCAAAAAGGCUGCCUCAGAAGAUAAGAAGUUCUUGAGAGGCUUGCCAAGCAAGGUGUCCGAUCUUCCAGGCGUUCGGUUGGAGAUCAAGGAAAAUGAGACCGUUAUCACUAUCCCAGAUAAAUUUCCACCGGGUAGCAUCGCGUUAUUUGAGACUUGGAUACCCAGCGUAGACCAUUCUUCUGGUCUUGAUACAUAUGUCACUUCAGGGGCUAAGGCUGCUUUCUCGGAAUUGGAUCUUGUAGAUCUUAAUUUUGUGCUAUACCGAUGCGAGGCCGAAGAACUUGACUCCAGCGAUGGCAAGAACGGUGUUUAUGAUAUUCCAGAACAUGGCAAACUCGUCUAUGCUGGCUUGCAGGGUUGGUGGAGUGUAAUGAAAGACGUUAUUAGGAACAACAAUUUGGCCCAUCCUAUUUGUCGACACUUACGGGAUGGCCAAUGGCCGUUGGAUUAUAUGGUGGGACGUCUCGAGAGGAUAUCAGAGAGAGUUAAUCAUGAGCGGCUUUGCAAACCUGCUGAGUGGCUCAAAGAACGGUUUGCUGCGAUUCGAAAAAUUCCAAGCUUCCUACUGCCACGGUACUUUGGCCUGGUUCUACGGACUGCAUACAUGGCUGCCUGGGACCGUAGUCUAGAACUCAUGAACGAUAAUGUUCAAAAAGGGCAGUGGUUCUUGCAAAGUCUCGCUAUGGUCAGUCUGCAGCAGGUUGGAUUUGUCAAAUCCGCGUCUUUAUAUCCCAAAAAGGAUGUCCCGUCAUUGGCAGCCGGCCUCCCGCACUUCGCGGUUUCGUGGGCAAGAUGCUGGGGUCGAGAUGUUUUUAUAUCUGCCAGAGGUCUAUUACUUGGCGCUGGCCGAUACGCAGAAUGUAGAGAGCAUAUUCUUGCAUUUGCAAGUGUCAUGAAACAUGGGAUGAUCCCCAAUCUUCUUAGCAGUGGCAGCAACCCUCGAUAUAACGCCCGAGAUGCGAUCUGGUUCAUGCUGCAGACAAUUCAAGACUACACCAAGAUUGUUCCAAAUGGCUUGGACAUUCUCAAGGAAAAAAUACCUCGGCGAUUCCUCCCUUACGAUGAUACAUACUUCGAGGUUGAUGAUCCAAGAGCGUACUCGAAAUCAUCAACUUUGGAAGACAUUGUUCAAGAGGCUCUCCAACGACAUGCCACCGGAAUGUCGUUCCGAGAGGCUAAUGCAGGCCCCGAUUUGGAUAUGCAGAUGAAGCCAGAAGGUUUCCAGCAAGAUAUCAAGGUUGACUGGAGUACCGGGAUUAUUUUCGGUGGCAACCAAUAUAACUGCGGGACUUGGAUGGACAAGAUGGGUGAGAGUGAGAAAGCUCACAACAAAGGCGUUCCCGGUACACCUCGUGAUGGCGCAGCUAUUGAGAUCACAGGUCUCCAUUAUAGUACUCUGGUAUGGCUGGCAAAAUUGCACAAGGAGGGCAAAUAUAAGUAUGCUGGCGUCAGUACCUCGGAUCCGAAUCGAGAGGUCAUCACCUUCGGUGACUGGUCUGCUCUCAUCAAACACAAUUUCGAGCGUUGCUACUACAUCCCAGUUGACUCCGAUGAUGAUGAUAGCUACGACGUCAAUCCAAAGAUCAUCAAUCGUCGCGGGGUCUAUAAAGAUCUGUAUAAAUCCGGCAAAGAAUACGAGGACUAUCAGCUACGUCCCAACUUCACCAUCGCUAUGGCAGUGGCGCCCGACAUCUUCAAUGACACCCACGCCCUUCAUGCCCUAACUGUCGCGGACAAAGUUCUCCGUGGUCCCACAGGAAUGGCGACCCUUGAUCCCUCAGAUCUUAAUUACCACCCCUACUACAUCAACUCCGAUGAUAGCGACAACUUCAGCACGAGCAAAGGAAGAAAUUACCACCAAGGUCCAGAGUGGUUGUGGCCCACGGGUUUCUUCCUCAGAGCCCUACUGAAGUUUGACUUGAAGAGAUGCGAUGACCCGGGGCAGAAGACCGAGGCAUUUCAACAGAUCACAAAGAGGUUGAUAGGGUGUAAGGAAGCCAUUAAGGAGAGUCCUUGGGCGGGGCUGACGGAGUUGACGAAUAAGAAUGGGGAGGUUUGUGGGGAUUCGUCGCCGACACAGGCUUGGAGCGCUGGCUGCUUGAUCGAUUUGUACCAUGAUGCCGCACAGUAUGACGUCUCACAAUUAUCGUCGUGA